AUGUCCCCACCAGCCGAAGACUGGUCCACUAUUACUGAUGCCAAUGAGCGACGGAAAGCUCAGAACCGAGUAGCUCAAAGGAAUUAUAGAAGCAGACAAAAGUUACGCGUCGAGAUAGCAGAGUCCAUUCUUUACGACCUCCCACCACACAUCAGAUCAGCAGUUGGUUCCAAGGGGAGGCGCUGGCUUACUGCAUUACAAUCCGAGAGCCAAGAACUCAGGGAGCUUUCGGCUGCAUCCAACCCCCAACAAGCUCCAGGAGUAAGCGAACACGAUGAACAGGGCAACGAUAUAACUCAAUUAUCAACUUAUCCUAUGCUUGCUGGCACAGCUGCUGACAGCGGUGAUGGCGAUAUUGCGGAUCUGGAUCUCGGCUCGUUUACGCCAGGCGAUGACUGGAUAGAUCCACAGAUGGACUGGACAGCCGCCAUGUCGCUGACGGACUCUCAGGCUCGGACAGUAAGCCCAGAGGCCAGCAUCCCUGCGCCUGUCCCUGCCCCUGCAACUACGGCUCCACAAGAGCGACCACCUUCACGGCCCGGACCCGCCCCUACUGCUGACGUGCCGCUUCCAGCCACAGUGGCCCCGUUGGAUGUCACCAAUCGGACCACACACCGCGAGAGUCUUCGCGCAGUCAGAUCAUCCCUGGAGUCAAAGACCCCCGUCAUGACCGCAAUCUCCCGGGGCAAGCUCGACAUUGCAAGGCUCCUCAUUGGGUCGGGUGCCAAGAUCGACGUCCCCGACAGGCACGGCAAGACUAAUUUGCACUAUGCCGCGCAAAAAGGCGACGCUCAAGUGGCCCAGUCCCUUCUUGAGCUUGGAGCUAACAUCAUGGCGACAGAUACAGCCGGAAUGACCGCAUUGCAUAUGGCUGUCGAAGGAAACAGUGAGACCAUGGUUAAGUUGUUGGUCGAAUGGUGCCAAGAGAAGGAUCAAAACGCUGGUUCAGCAGGGGGCCAAGGCUUGCUCCCCUGUUGCAUCAAUUCUAGGGACGGAGAAAACAUGACACCUGUGCAUUUGUGCGUUGUUUUGGACCGCGUUGAAAUUCUCAAGAUUUUGUUGAAUUAUGGGGCAGAUGUAACCAUUGGAUGCGAGUGA